AUGAGCUCUUCCACGCAAGACGCGCUGCCUCCGUGGGCUUUCACAGCGCUCGAAACAGCCAAGCAAGUGGCAGGUCGAAAGGUGGCACGACACAUUCGCAUCGAGCAGCCUUCUCAAUCCAUCAAGGGAAUCUACUGCAUCUCUCCACUCGUAGCCGAUCUUCAUCCUCCCAUUUACGAUCGUCCAUGCGAUACGCAGCUGGAAAAUUGUUCCAGUUCCGCCUGGUUCGAAGGGAGAGGCAGUCCUGUCAAUGUGACGGUGGUGGUUCAGGGAGAUGGAGAUGAGGAGGCGCAUGCUAAAGUCAAGGAAGCGGCGCAGAAUGAAAAUUUGGAACAGUUGACUUUGCAGAGCGAGAAGGUCGUCGGUCAGCGCAAGGUUGGUGGAGCGACGGAGAAGAGGAGACCGGUGGGCAUCCAUGCUAAGAGCUACAUGGGCAGCGUCAGAGUGGCCAUUGUGAGUCGAUUGCGCAAGCUCGUGCAGCUUUCGCUCUCCUUGAUCUCCCACGCUGCCAGCUUGGCUGGCCUCUCAAAUGGACCCAUUUUUCCCCCCCUGCUGUAGCCGCAAUACACGCUCUCGACGCCGCUGACGAUCCGUCUCAAGUCCAAAUCGGGAGAUGGUGAGGCAUUCGAUGCCUGGCUGGCAGAUGUAGCGCUUGCAUUGACAUGCAGGUUCCCCGCGCUGCUUUUCUCAGUGCACCUCCUCCUUCCGCCAUCCUUUUCUGGCAUGCUUAGCUGGUCAACAGAGACGGGCAAACUCAAACUGUCCAAGGCUAUUCAAGAACGGUACGAAGAAUUGGGAGAGAAGCACAAGCAUCGAGGAGUUGGUCGAUUGAAAUCUGCAGGAUGGACAAAGGUCAAGAAUAAUCAUCAGCAACCAUCUCAACCCCAAUCUGCUAGCGGCUCAGCUCCGGCCAGCAACAGGAGCUCGAUGCACUUGGGACCGCACGAGGUUGCUUCGAAAGCGGAAGCUGUAGAGGGGACUAGAGGCACGCGAGGAGAUAGCGCCGAAUUGAUCACUGUGGGUUGUUUGCCUAUGAUCCCCAUCGGCCCUCAUGAUGACUGAUCUGUGCUUGACCUAUUGACCCGUAGGCACGCGGCGACAUUCACAUCUAUGAGGCCGGCGAGGCUACGAACUCGACGAAUUGCAUCGUCUGCUAA